AUGAUAUCAUUUCUCGUCCCUCAGAAGGAUCACGCCCUAGAGGAUACCUGCUACACGUUUGUCAUUUCAGCGCUACCUUUCGCGGCAGGUCGAUUAUACAUCGGAAAUAGCUACCCGGUACAGAAGAAGAAACUAGAAAGGGAGCUAGUUUCUUCCGUCACCGAACAGUUCCUAGUACAGUUGAAAAGGGCAGAUUGGAUGGACGCCGUCAGCAAACGUCUGGCAACAGCGAAGUUGAAAAACAUGGUGCAAAAUGUCGCCUACCCUAGUUGGAUCAUGUCGGAUGCAGAUCUGGACCAGUUUUAUGAAGGCUUGUCAGAAAGCAUACUUCCGGACGACAACUUCAUGAUCUGUUUGCAGAAGAUCAACGCUUUCGACGAAACCAAGGCGUUUGCCAAGCUUUUGCUGGCGCCGGACAGGACUGACUUCUAUGCGUCCCCAGCGACCGUCAAUGCUUGGUACAUUCCGUUUUACAAUUCAAUAACCAUUCCGGCAGCCAUUCUAAACCCCGAUAUAUUUGAUGACGAUUUUCCAAUGGCAACGAACUAUGGAGCCGCUGGUUUCGUAGUUGGUCACGAAAUAACUCACGGCUUUGACAAUAUGGGGAUACAGUUCUUCGAGAACGGCUAUUUGGACACGUGGAUGUCGAAGCAGUCGCAGCGAAGAUUCGCGAACAGGGCGCAAUGCUUCAUAGACCAAUACCAGAAGUUCUGCUACCCGCAGGUGAAUAACACGUGCAUCAAUGGCCAGAUGACGUUGGGAGAAAACCUCUCUGACAACGGUGGCUUGAAAACUGCAUUCUACGCGUACCAAAGAUACGCCGCUUUUCAAGACGGUAAACACGAGCACAUACCGGGCUUCAGCGACUAUAGCAUGAACCAAAUUUUCUUCCUGUCUUUUGCCCAUACGUUUUGUACUUCGAUCAGUGACGCUAUGUUGGCAAAGCUGCUGCUCACUGACGUUCACAGUCCCGCAGAGGCCAGGGUCAUUGGAACGCUGAAGAACUUCGAAGAAUUUGGCAUCGCUUUCGGUUGCAAAAUCGGGCAGCCGAUGAGGCCGUUGAAACGCUGCAGCAUUUGGUGA